AUGGAUCAAGACAGAGAGGUUCUUUUCCCCAUUAGUAGCGGGGAUGACGGCGACCAAGUUCGCAUUGUCCUCGAGUGUGCCAACGACAAGUCCUUUGUGGUCCAGAAAUCCCUCCUCACUAGGCAUUCCGACUUCUUCAGAGCCUGCCUGAGCCACGAUUUCCAAGAAUCGAAGAGGUCCACCAUCCGCAUGCCUGAUGUUGACGCUGAUCUAAUGUUCUUGUACCUGGGCUUUGCACAUCGACAAUCCAACAAGACACCCGAGCACGGGGGUACGUUUGGCAUCAUAUCGGUUGCCCAUUUCCUGCACGUCGCCGACUGGACGCGCCUCGUCAAGCUUUAUCAACUCCUCGACUUUCUCCAAAAUAAGGAGCUACUGAGCAGUGCACGGUCCGUUCUCAGCUUCAAUAUAUUGACUGCACACAUCUACCUUCUGGCCUCAGAGGCGGACGGCGCAGAAGUCGACCGCUGCUUCGAUGCCUUUGCGAGGGCCUUUGACACGCUCGACGUCGAUCAUCCAGUCCAGGCCAAAUUCCGAGAUGAAAUGGUCGCACGAUUCUGCGAACACUGCCAUUGGGAUCUCCUUGUCCGUCAUCAUCACGCUUUGGAGUCCCAUCCGGAAUUCGUUGCCAAGAUGAGCUUGAAGCAGGCUGAGUAUGCCGCGUCUAUGAUGCAGUACCUUUCUGAGAGCCCUCGGGCUCGCGGAAAGAUUUCUGGGCUGUGGAGGAGUAAGGCUCGCAACGGGGACCAUCUCAUGCGCCAACGCAAGUCGAAGUAG